AUGGAAGAAGACGAGCGAGGAGUGGCUGUCGACCGCAUGUUGGUGGAGGAGGACGCUGACGGAAGCGCGGCUGGAGGCAGCAACGGCUCCGCACCCGCCAAGUUCCUCGCGGGGCUCCGAUUCUAUUUGCACCUGGUGGGAGCCGAGCAGCACGAUGCCCUCCGCGCGACCAUCAAGCGUACGACCACGCACGUCCUGACGUCUACGCUGUUGGCUGCGGCUGAGGACGAAGCACUCCGCGUGGCCAGGGAGAUCAACCCCCGCCUGCUCAUCGUCACCGCCGACUGGCUCCGCAAGUGCAUCCAGCGCAAUCGCCUUCUCUCCACCAGCGCUGCAUGA